AAGCCAACACCAACUAUGUACAAAUAUUUCAGCUCUCGUGCCCUGCGCUGGAUGCAGACCAUGACAUUUGCAAUCAAAGAGAUUAAUAAGCGCAAUGACCUGCUGCCACAGCUCAAGCUUGGUCUCCACAUUCGUGACAGCUGUGAUGACAUACCUGUGUCUCUAAGAGCAUCGCUGCUGCUGGUGAACGGCCAGCCAGAGAGAGGUUCCUCAGCCGAUUGCUCUGCUGUACAGAGGACGGUAUCCUCAGUAAUCAUAGGAGACGCUGCCUCUGGAGUGUCUAUGGCGCUGCUAAGAAGUCUGGGUUCUUUUCAUAUCCCACUGGUGAGCUAUUUUGCAUCCUGCAGCUGCCUGAGUAAUCAAAGGGAGUUCUCCACAUUCAUGCGCACCAUGCCCAGUGAUGCCUUCCAGAUCAGAGCGCUGGCCCGGCUGGUUAGUUAUUUUGGCUGGACGUGGGUGGGAGUCAUCGGUGUGGAGUCCGAUUACGCUCGUUUUGCAAUCGAGCUCUUUCUGCAGGAGUCGGUGCAGUAUGGUGUGUGUGCUGCCUACACUCAUUUUUACCCUGUAACUUUAAAUCAGCAGGCUCUAGAUGAGCUCCUGGAUAUUAUUCAGAUUGCAACCUCAAAGGUUAUCAUUAACUUUUCCGGUGAGUCGGAGCUGCAAGCUAUUCUGACAGAGAUCCGACGCUGGAAUAUAACUGGUCUGCAGUGGAUUGCCAGUGAGGCUUGGGCCACGGCCACGUCACUCUGGGAAAAUUUUGGAGAUCUAAUGAUGGGAACACUGGGGUUUGCCAUCCGGAGAGCUGAUGUGAUUCCAGGGCUUAAAGAACACCUCAUGAGUCUAAGACCACCACAUAUUGAAAAAUCUGCUUUUUUGGCCGAGUUUUGGGAAGAGCUGUUUAAAUGUCGGCUGAAUGGGUCGGUAAACAGUCACUCUCAUGGGAGUGACAACUACUUUGACAGAUUACCAUGUAAAGGUACAGAGGAUUUAAAUGACGUUUACUCUCCUUACGCUGACGUGACACAGCUAAGAGUGUCUUAUAAUGUCUACAAGGCGGUGUACCUGGUUGCCCAUUCCUUGCAUGAUAUGAGCAAUUGCAUUGUUGGCCAGGGGCCUUUUCUUAAUGGCACCUGUGCAGAUCCGAAGAACUUUCAACCAUGGCAGCUCAUCCACUACAUGAAGCGUGCUAACUUUUCUGCACUGGGAGAGAAAAUCAACUUUGAUGAAAAUGGGGACCCUAUUGCUUAUUACGAUCUCUUGAACUGGCAAAAAAGACCAGAUGGAUCACUUCAUUUGGUAAAAGUGGGCUUCUUUGAUGCCUCCUUGCCUACGGGACACAGCCUGGUCAUAAAUGACUCAGGGAUUCAGUGGCCUGCUUCCCGAUCUGUGUGCAGCGACAGCUGUCCUCCAGGCUCCCGCAUCGCCAGGAGGAAAGGGGAACCUGUGUGCUGUUUCGACUGUGUUCCUUGUGCUGAGGGCCAAAUUAGUAACAAGACUGAUUCUUUAGAGUGCUCACGCUGCUCUGAGGACUCAUGGCCAAAUACAGCCAGAGAUCUCUGCCUCCCAAAGUCUAUUGAGUUCUUGUCUUACCAUGACUUGAUGGGUAUCGUGUUGUGUGUUGUAUCAGUCCUUGGAGCUUGUAUUUCCCUUUCAAUACUGGCAAUCUUCUUUGCAUACCAAGACACACCUCUGGUGCGAGCUAACAACAUGGAGUUGAGCCUCCUACUCCUGAUGUUUCUUGCAGUCUGUUUUCUUGUCAGCCUGCUGUUUAUCGGUGAACCCUCAGACUGGCUUUGCCGGAUCAGGUACCCAGCAUUUGGGAUCAGUUUUGCUCUCUGCAUAUCAUGCCUACUUGCCAAGACUAUAGUGGUCCUGAUGGCAUUUAGGUCUACGCUGCCAGGAAGUAAUGUCAUGAAGUGGUUUGGACCCAACCAGCAGAGAGCGAGUGUGCUUUUAGGGACAGUUAUCCAGGUAAUAAUCUGUCUCAUCUGGCUGUUUACUAAUCCGCCUCACGUUACAAACAACACAGAUUACCACAGUGCUACCAUCAUUAUCGAGUGUGUUGCUGGUUCAGAGGUUGGCUUCUGGUGUGUUCUGGGAUACAUUGGCCUCCUGGCCUGCAUGUGUUUCCUAAUGGCCUUUUUGGCCCGAAAGUUGCCUGAUAAGUUCAACGAGGCAAAGUUCAUCACCUUCAGCAUGCUGAUAUUCUUUGCAGUGUGGAUUACUUUUAUCCCAGUUUAUGUGAGCACAGCAGGGAAGUACACAGUGGCUGUCCAUAUUUUUGCCAUUUUAGCCUCAGCUUUUGCUCUCCUAUUUUGUAUUUUUGCUCCCAAGUGCUACGUCAUAAUUCUGAAACCAGAAAAAAACAGCAAGAAGAACAUCAUGCAAAGAUGAAAAUGUAAAUUACUCCAUUAACAAUUCACUUUUAUGUUAAAGAUGGCUUUUUAAUUGAG